UAGCGUCUUGCCAUAAGAACAACGAUCUUAUACGAGAGAGGAACUUUAAUUUGAGCUUACAUCGAUUAUAGAUAAACUUUAAGUGUAGCUAUUACGGUGAAAUAUAAACAGUAGCUGUUGAUAAGCGACACGGAAAUUUAUAAAAUAGUGAAAAACAUAACCGGUUGAUAUAAAAUGGCUACAGUGAGGUUGAAUCAGAAAACGAAUCCCUUACAGGGACACGGGAGGCGACAGACAACGUGGAUCAGAAGUGAAGAAAAACUGAAACAGUGGCGAAAGGCCGCAACAAACCAAACGUCUAAACAGACGCCAAGACACUCGGGAACGUCUAGCACGGAACGUAAAAGUGACGUUACGAGAAGUGGCCGGUUAUCCGAUGGAACGAUUCAUUCAACGUCGACGAGAUCGUCGUCGGAACCUGGACUUAAUUUCCGUCGAUUACAAGAUGUAGAUGACAUUGAACAAAAAGAAUCGAUAGAAAAAUGUUUGAAAUGGAUGGAAACAUUACCCGAUAAAUUUUCAGGUAUGCACAUUUUUGUACAACCGACGACAGGUGACGACCAUGUAUCAUGAGCGAAUUCGUACUGGUCUUUAAAGAACCUACACACAAAUGUGCCAAAUUUAUUUUCUGCAACGACUUUUUCCACAGAGAUUAAUGUGGUUCAGUCAGUCAGUUUGUACACAUUGCAAGCUAAGUGAUAAUUAGAUAAACUAACCACGGAGAAAGCCGCUGAAUUCUGUUUAUAAGUGAUUUCAACGAUCAAACUGUUUAUUUGACAUAGUAUUAUAACAUUAUAUCAUGUCUUCUAAUCCUCUGGAUGACGAAUCAGUUUAAGAAACGGCAUUGGAGAGAUUGCGAC